AUGUCGAAAGCCAGAGGCAAACAGCCCGAGUUUCAAAAACCACCGCUACCAGACUUUCUUCGAAGAUUGCACCAGGACCAAGCAGUUGCAGAAGAACGACCGCUGCCCAAGUACGACGCACCAGGUCGAGAAGAUGAGCUACCGAGCAUUGUAGAUGACGCUGGUGUACUCACUGCUGAAGACGAAAGAUCUCUGCGCAUUCAGCAUGGGCUGUCUGCAGAUCGUCCAGCGCAUCUUGAUGAUACGGAGGCCACCACGGAUGCCCUGGAGAAGCGCUUGCGAGAAUCAAAGACCAAAACGCAAGCUGCUACUAUUGUCGCUUCAUUCGGCAAGCUAAAGAAGAAGCGUGCCAUCCAGAUCGAAGGUGACAAGGGCGCCAGUAUAGCCAGCUCGAACGAGAAAGAAGCGGAGGCUGUGAAGCCAAAUCGGAAACGUAUCGCAAUGAGCUUCGAGUGA